GCAGUAGUGGUGGAAUUCCCUCUGAAAGGAAAAUAAGUGAAGUGCUCGCGUUUCAUGUGUGGGAAAAUAAAUGAAGUUUUUCAGUGUAUAUGAAUAAAUAUAUGGCUUCCUUCCUUAUGUCAAACAUGAUCGGAAAUAUUGUUAUGGCCCACUAGCUGUUACAACGCCAAACUGAUUGGAGAUAUUGUGGCGCGAACGCAAUUAAUAAUCUGAUUUCAGUGAAUUGUUUGAAUGUCGUGAAAGAUGCCAGCGUUUUUGAAGCAUAUCGAAGUUGAAAACUUCAAAUCUUAUAAAGGAAAGCUUAUUAUUGGUCCUUUGAAGUCUUUUACGGCAGUAGUUGGUCCUAAUGGCUCGGGAAAAUCCAAUUUCAUGGAUGCUAUUAGUUUUGUUAUGGGUGAAAAAACUAGCAGUCUGAGAGUUAAAAGAUUCAGCGAACUCAUUCAUGGUGCAUCUAUUGGAAUGCCAGUAGCUCGAAGUGCCUCAGUAACAGCUGUAUUUCAACUGGAAGAUGGUACUGAGAAAAGCUUUAUACGUUCAGUACAAGGUUCUUCUUCUGAGCACAGGAUAAACAGUAAUCUUGUCACUAGCCAAGUAUAUCUCAACGAGUUGGAACAGCUUGGUAUUAAUGUUAAAGCAAAGAAUUUUCUAGUAUUUCAAGGUGCAGUGGAAUCUAUAGCUAUGAAAAAUCCAAAAGAACGCACUGCUCUGUUUGAAGAAAUUAGUAAUUCUGGUGCACUAAAAACAGAAUAUGAAAGAUUAAGGACAGAAAUGUUAAAAGCCGAAGAAGAAACCCAAUUUUCAUAUCAGAAAAAGAAAGGAAUUGCCGCAGAAAGAAAAGAGGCCAAGUUAGAAAAAGAAGAGGCUGAAAAGUAUCAACGUCUCAAAGAGGAAUAUGUUGAAAAACAAGUGGAGUUGCAAUUGUUCCGAUUAUUUCACAAUGAGAAGAGUAUUGAAAAUUUAGAAGUUUCUCAAAAAAAGAAACAACACGAAAUUGAAAAAAUUGAAAAGAAAAAAGAAAAAGCUGAAGAAUUGCUGAAAGACAAAAAGAAAGAUGCCUCCAAACUCAGUAGAGAUCUUGCUAAAAUAGAGCAAGAUAUCAGAGAAGUGGAAGUGGAAAUUACGAAAAAGCGUCCGACGUUUAUUAAAGCCAAAGAACGUGUCGCGCACAUGCAGAAGAAGGUUGAGUCUGCGCGCAAAUCUUUGGCACAAGCGCGUACCGCAGAUGAGGCUCACAAAAAAGACAUACACGAAUUGCAAGAAGAAUUGCGACAGGUGGAGGAAGCUAAAGCUGCUUACGAGACUAGUAUAGCAGGACAAUCGCAAUUACAAGGAAGAGAUGUGCAGUUGGAAGAAGAACAGGUACGGGAAUAUAAUCGUUUGAAAGAAGAAGCCGGCAAACAAUCCGCUAGAUAUCUUCAGCUUCUCGAUUCUAUCAAUCGCGAACAAAAAUCAGAUCAAGACAGACUUGACAAUGAAGGCAGAAAGAAGACCGAGAUCGAGAACAAGCACAAGCAAAAGGGUCACAUGCGAGACGAAGCGCUUAAGCGAGUUGAAAAAUUGGAAGAACACAUAAAGACAUCCGAGACUGCUUUGGAAGAUCAGAAGAAGCUUAGAGCUGACUUGCAAUCCGAUGUGGGCACGUCCAAAGACAAAAUUCAAAAUUUGCAACGAGAGUUAGAGAGCAUUUCGGAGCAACUGGGUGAUGCUAAAGUUGAUAAGCACGAAGUAUCUAGAACUAAGAAGAAAACGGAAAUUGUCGAGAAUUUUAAACGUCUGUUUCCUGGAGUGUACGAUCGCAUGUACAAUAUGUGUGAACCGAUACAUAAACGAUACAACGUCGCUAUUACGAAAGUGCUUGGCAAGUAUAUGGAGGCUAUCGUAGUAGAUACUGAGAAAACUGCCAGGCAAUGUAUCCAGUAUCUGAAGGAGCAGUAUCUCGAGCCGGAAACGUUUCUUCCGCUUGAUUAUAUACAGGCUAAGCCGCUGAAAGAACGACUUCGUAAUAUACAAGAACCAAAAAAUGUGAAACUGCUAUACGAUGUACUGCAUUUCUCACCAAAGGACAUUGAUAGAGCAGUUCUGUUUGCGACUAACAAUGCUCUUGUAUGCGAGACACCGGAAGAUGCAAAUAAAGUAGCGUACGAAAUGGAUAAAAAGACUAGAUAUGAUUGCGUCGCGUUAGAUGGCACGUUCUAUCAAAAGGCCGGAAUAAUAUCCGGCGGCAGUUUAGAUCUAGCCAAAAAAGCAAAGAGAUGGGAUGAGAAACAAAUGUCUCAGUUAAAGGCGCAAAAGGAAAAAUUAACUGAAGAACUAAGAGAAUCAUUAAAAAAAUCACGUAAAGAAUCAGAAUUGAACACAGUUGAAUCCCAGAUACGCGGUUUGGAGACUCGCUUAAAGUAUAAUAAAAGUGAUUUGACUGCAACGCAAAAACAAAUUGCGGAUCUUGAAGUGGAGCUAGACAGUUUGCAAAAAGAAUUAAACAUGUUUGGUCCUGCAAUAGCUGCUAUCGAAAAAACUAUGGCUGAGAGGGACCAGGAAAUACAAAAUAUCAAAGAAAAAAUGAACAACGUUGAGGAUGAUGUAUUUGCUAGUUUUUGCGAACAAAUAGGAGUUUCCAAUAUCCGUCAAUACGAAGAAAGAGAAUUGAGAUCGCAGCAAGAAAGAGCAAAGAAAAGAAUGGAAUUUGACAACCAAUGCAAUCGCAUCUACAAUCAAUUAGAUUUUGAAAAACAACGCGACACAGAAAAUAAUGUUUUACGUUGGGAACGAGCGGUUCAAGAUGCAGAGGACAAACUCGAGUCCGCGAAACAAACCGAAUCUAAUCAAAAAGCGGAGAUUGAUCACGAUGAACAGCAAAUGGAGCAAUUGAAAUCGUCGCGCAAUGCCAAGAAAAUGGAAGUCGAUCAGAAGGAGGAUGAAAUCGGUAAAGCCAGACGUGAAGUAGGAACUAUCGCGAAAGACAUUCAAGCGGCUCAAAAGCAAUUAAAUGCAAUUGAAACAAAGAUAGAACAGAAGAAAGCCGAACGACACGCUAUUUUAAUGCAAUGCAAGAUGGAAGAUAUUGCAAUACCCAUGUUACACGGAAAUAUGGAAGAUAUUGCAGGUGAAACUAGCACAGCUAACGGAAAUGAUUCACAUAACGAUACGUCAUCGGUGAGCACGCAGCAGCAGUAUGAGCGCGAAAGAAGAAUUACUAUAGAUUACGCAUUUCUACCGGAAAAUUUGAAGGAUAUUGACGAGGAUGAUAUCAAAAAAACGACCGACAAGUUAACAAAGAUAAUCAAUGACUUGCAAAGUACGAUACAGCGCAUACAAGCACCAAACAUGAAGGCAAUUCAAAAAUUGUAUCUGGCUAAAGAGAAGUUACAGGAAACCAAUGAAGAGUUUGAGCAAUCUCGUAAGAAGGCGAAGAAAGCAAAGACGCAAUUCGAGAAGAUAAAGAAAGAACGACACGACAGAUUUAUGGCUUGCUUCGAACAUGUGGCUAACGAAAUUGAUCCUAUUUACAAAAGUCUAGCAAAAAAUCAAUCAGCUCAGGCGUUCCUUGGACCAGAAAAUCCUGAAGAGCCUUAUUUAGAUGGCAUUAAUUACAAUUGCGUAGCUCCAGGCAAACGGUUUCAACCUAUGUCCAAUUUGUCCGGUGGAGAGAAAACAGUUGCUGCACUGGCUUUGCUAUUCGCAAUUCACAGUUUCCAACCUGCGCCAUUUUUUGUCUUGGAUGAAAUCGACGCCGCUCUUGAUAACACCAACAUUGGAAAAGUGGCAAGUUAUAUUCGCGAUAAAACAAGUUCGUUGCAAACAAUUGUUAUAUCAUUGAAGGAAGAGUUUUAUUCGCAUGCAGAUGCACUUAUUGGAAUUUGUCCAGACGUUGGCGAAUGUUUGGAAAGCAAAGUUAUAACACUCGACCUGACUACAUAUCCUACGCACAUUAACUAAUAGACAUUUAUUAUUUAAUGUAGAUCAUGAACUUUUUCUAUAUUUUUUGUGUUGGACAACUUUUAAUUUGUAUU